AUGCCAAGUGCAUUUCGCUCUGGGUCAAUUAAUUUAGGCUUAUCCCAUUCUUUAGAUGAUAUUGAUAUUAGACCAUUGGAUGAUAUACCAUUUUCCCCCCUGGAUAUUAUUCCAGACUUUGAUAGUAUGGCAAAGCUACAACAGAAAGCAAGUUGGAAUCCAUUUAGCAAACUAGCAAACCCACAGUUCCAUGAAUUAAGUUUGCAGGAUAGAUGCAAUUUUUAUUUUCGCCAAUUGUAUAAUAUGAACGAAGAUUGGUCUAAUGAUUAUCAUAUAAUUUUAUUUGAUAUAGCUGAUAUUCAAAUUGAUUCAAAAGAAGAAAAAUCGGGGUCCAUUUUAGGUGAUGAGGAACUAUUAAGAAUACAUCGUAAGAAAAAUGACGUAAAAUUAGCUCUACAAAGAUUGAGAAUUUAUGACAGAUGCUUUAUACAAAAUGAUGAUAUUAGCAUUAAAGGUAUUUUUGAAGAUACAGUAAAAUCUGAAGUGGCUAAUUCACUCAAUAAAAGAAAUGCAAUGAAAAAUAUAUUUACAAAUUAUGAUCAAUGGGAUUUCGAACAUAGGAUGUUUCCUUUCUUAAGAUUUUUUAAUAACCGAAAUAUCCAUGAAAUGUUCCCCAAAAUUAGAUAUGGUACAGAAAUGUUGGAUAGAUGGACUAUCCCAAUUUUGACAGAUAAAACUAGAUUACAUGCAAAAUUUUCUAACUAUGAAUUUGAUCGUGAUCAAUCGUUCUGGGUUAAUUGGAAUAGAAUGAGUAAAAAUGUUGCCAGGCGUGGUAUAAUCAUGAGCUUUACCGACAAGGAAGUUGAUUGGGCGAUACGUUUACUCGUUAGUCUUCGUUAUCAAGGAAAUACUUUGCCAAUUCAAAUAAUUUACACCGAUGGAGAUCUCACGGAUGAAAAUAUCCAAAGAUUAAUAUUUGCUGCUCAAAAUGGAAAUGUUAGAGUACCGUAUAAAAAUGGAGCUCCUCGACCUGGUCAGUUAACCGUACAAGAAAUUAUGUUUCUGGAUGUUACUAAAAUGCUCGAUUCCAACUUUGUUGAGGAUUUUAAGUUCAAAGGUAAAUGGCUAGCCUCAUUUUUUAAUUUGUUUGAAGAACACAUUUUCUUGGAUGCUGAUACAGUUCCUUACGUUGACUUGAAUUACUUUUUUAAUACACAGGAAUAUAACCAAACAGGUACGUUAUUUUUUAGGGAUCGCAUCUUUAAAGGAAAAAUGAGUGGCCAAUGUAAUGCAUUAUUCGAAUCUAUUCAUCCAUUACUGCCGGAGAAUAAAUACUUCGAUAACAAAAGAUUUAUUGACGAAGACUAUGUUGAAAAUGAAUGUGAGCAAUUCUUAAAUCAAAAUGAAAGAAUUUAUAAAAGAUUUUUUAAAGAUGGCAAGGCUGAUCAAAUGGAUUCAGGACUAUAUGUAAUUGAUAGAACUAGCCAUAUUAUCCCAUUGAUAAUGGGUGCCACACUACACAUGUUGAGAGUCUCAGGCUGUAUAUAUGGUGAUAAGGAAUUUUUCUGGUUAGGAUUUUUGGCUUCUGGCCAUUCUUUUGCCUUUGAUUCUAUGGCUCCAGCAGCUUACGGUGAUUUAGAUAGAAGAUCAAAACCCUCUCCAGAGGACUAUGUUGAAAUAUGUUCUACCCAGUUGGCUCAUUUGAAUUCUGAUCUUCAUAUGCUUUGGACUAAUGGUGGAUCAAACAAUUGUAAAAUGGGUGAUGAUAUUGCCAAGAAAGAUUGGGAAAACCCUAAGAUUAAAUGGCCUAAAACUAAAUUUAAAACUGAACAUGAAAUGAAGGAGUGGUACGAAGAUGCCAUUGAUUCAAAGUAUGCCGUUAUUGCAGAGGAUAACGAUCAAGGCUGGGGAAAAAAGACUUUAGCAUGUUCAAAUUCUAACUGGUGUGCUCGUUAUGAAGUAAAAUUUAGAGAAUUCAGUUAUAAUGAAUUAGCUUUAAGGGGCACAUUAGUUGAAUUUACUGAUGAUGAGUUUAAACAUUUACGAAAUAUUAAUGAAAUUUGGAGUUAUUUAGAUAUGAAAAUCAUUGAGAAGGCUCCAUUAACGGGUAAAAAACAUGAUUAA